AUGCGCAGCUUGGCCUACGGAUCGGAGACGCUGACGCCGCCAACUUCACAAAGGAUUUUAGAUGAGGUUCUUGCCAGGGUAGAGCCGCCUGUAAGUGCGUUCGCCGAGUCCCUGGAGGGGAGCAACGGCAACGCCGUCGCCGCAGCAAGUCUGAACAUGAUCGAGGCGCUGAACCAGCUUCAGAGCCUCUACAUUGAGGAGGCCACAACGGCUUUUCCAUCGCUGCCGGCGGCGAGAGUGGACGCUGCCAGCCGGCAGAUCUUGUUGGCCCAGAAGGGCGCGAGGGAGUCGAUCCAGUUCGUGUAUGGCAUCACUGGUUCCAAUGCCGCCGUCUUUGACACGAUGGGGCAGUGGCAAGCGCUGCAGGACAACCUGAAAAAUGGUGGCAAUGGACUUCCUGCCAUCUCUCCGCAGAGGCCUGACCUCUCGCAGCAGUGGCAGGAGGUUCAAGUCUACUGGGACCGCCUGAAGGCCCAAUUCCGUCUUGGGGGCCCGGGCAGGCUGCUCCUUGGGUGCCUCGUGGUCUCGAAGAGCACACUUCGUGCUUUCAUGUUGAUAGGUUCUCGUGAUUGGGAAGCCCUGUGCAGACCUUCGUCGGGUGAUGGACUCCAAUCCAGUCAACACGCAUGCCCAAAACCCCGACGCCCCCGAAGCCUGAUUUCGCAGCUCUGA